UCGACAAAUGAAUAUAACACAUCACGCUAGAAUCACAUCCAUAAAAGUUCUGUAGGAUCGGAACGGGCAAGCAAUGUGGGCAAGCAAGCAUUGAGGAAGUACUGGAGGGAUAAAAUCAGACAAGAUAGUGUUCGACUAUCCAUAUGAUAUCUUAACACACAUAACGGGCUACUAUGGAACUACGUUGUUCAAGGGACCGACAGCGAUAAAAUCCCUUAUGUUUCACACCACGAGAAGGAAAUACAGUCCGUUUGGUGAGGAAAGUGGGACCUUCUUCUCUUCAAACAUAAAAGAUGGAAUGGUUGUAGGAUUCCAUGGGAGGAAUGGAUGGUACAUUGACAGCAUUGGAGUCUAUGUUCUUGAGGGGAAAGUUUCAGUGUCGCCACAACCUACUCCUCCCACUAACUCAUUCGACACGCUGAUCUCCGAGGUUGAUAAUCCUCAAGUGUCCAAUAAACUAGUUGUCGCGAAGAGAAGCGGACCCGGUGAGGAGGUUGUUUAUGGUGUAGUAAAAGAACUAGUCCCAAGAGGGCGCGGGCCAUGGGGCGGCGAUGGAGGUCGGCCUUGGGAUGAAGGUGUGUUUUCAGGCGUCAAACAAAUUUUCCUGACAAGAGGAGAAGUGAUGACAUCGAUACAGAUCGAGUAUGAUCGGAGCGGACAAUCUUUUUGGUCUACAAAACAUGGUGCCGGCGGCGGAGAGGCCACGCAUAUGAUCACAUUCGACUACCCAAACGAGGUUCUCAAUUGCAUUAGUGGCUAUUACGGCUCUAUCAACAGUGAUGAGGGACACAAGGUGAUCAGAUCACUCACAUUCUACACCAGUAAAGGGAAGUAUGGCCCAUAUGGAGAGGAUAUUGGGACCUUUUUCACUUCCAAAACUAUUGAGGGGAAGGUAGUUGGCUUCCAUGGACGGAGUGGAUUGUAUGUUGAUGCGAUUGGGGUCCGCAUGCAACAUUUGUUGGGAGAAAAAAGGCCGUCCAAAUCUUUAAUCUCAAAAUUUUUCGGUUUGAUCAUCUACUAAUGGAAGUAUUUAUGUCGACGCCACAUCGAUAAGUAGUUAUAUUUCGACGAUGAAAUGGGUUGUAUAUGCUUACUGAAAUUAAUAUGUAUUUACAAUUAUACACGUAUAUAUA